CUGGAUCACCACCCCUCACACAAUGCUCGUCUCUCUGACCGUCGGCAAAGUCGACGCCGGUGUCGCCGUACUACUCACAGAUGAUAAACGCCUUAUCGAAUUCCCCUCCAUCCUCCUUCCGCCAGAUAUUUCCUCAGGCAGCAUUGUCGACAUUACGGUCGCACGAAACCACAAAUCCGAAUCCGAAGCCUCCUCUGCCUUCCACUCGCUCCAAUCCACCAUCUUUCGCACCUUCGGCCAGCGCUCGCCGACGGCGCCUAUCCUCCGCUGCCGAAACGCGACGCAGACCUCCGUAGUGCUGGAAUGGGAUCCAAUUGACAUUGCGACUGCCGAGCUGCGCGGCCUAACGCUAUAUCGCAAUGGUAGCAAGGCAGGCACGAUACCUAAGCCGACGGAAGUCCACAGCACGAAAUUGAGUGGCUUGGCUGUGGACACGGAAUAUGUGUUUCAUCUCGUUUUACGAACUUCGGCUGGCACGUAUACCAGCGACAAACUUAAAGUGCAAACGCAUAAGAUGACGGAUUUGUCUGGAAUUACCAUUACUCCUGGCCAUAUGCCAGCCGCGCUGCGCGAGAGUCUGCAGACGACCGUGGAGCGCAUUGGCGCGAAGAUUGUGGAUACGGUCAGGAUUGAUACAACUCAUUUCGUGUGUACAGAGGGACGAGGGCCGAGCUGGGAGAAAGCCGUAGAGAACAAUAUCCCCGUCGUGGUGCCAGAUUGGGUGAAGGGAUGUGAGAGGGAGGGCAGGAUUGUGGGGGUGAGAGGAUACUAUCUCAACGCGGAUCCAAGACUGAGGCAGAUUGGUCCUGGAACGGUCCAGCAACACCCUUCACCACAGCCGCAACAGCAGGUUCGAAGCCCGAUAAUGAGCCCCAGGACGGAGGUCACACCACCGACACCCGAGAGACCAACGAGAGAGAGGAGUCAAGAUAGUGAGAAUGCUGCUCCCCCUCCACCGCCACCGAAGAACGAUGUGGAGGAUGAGGAGAGUGAGCCAGAGACGCCACCGGAGCCGAAGACACACGCUGAGGAGCAGAAAGUCAGGACCGAAGACCUGAAGCCCGGCACCGAGGAGACGGACGAGGAUGAGAGCGAGGAGGAAAUAGAGCCUGGAGCUAGUAGUGCCGCGAAGGCAGCUGAGGCCGGUUUACCUGUCAGGAACAAACCUGGACAAGCAACUGUGGAAGACGAAGAGGAAGACCGUGCAAGUUUCCACGAUGUAAGGCUCUGAUUAGAGUUUGGCGUUCAUCUCAUCCCAGUGGAUCUUCUAUAGGCAUUAGGGUUGAGCGUUCUGCGGGAAUAGAAAGCGCUGUUGGGGUGUUGGGACUUGUAAUUCACCCUGGGGCGUAGAACAGGCAGGAAUUUUAUUGAACUAUCUAUAUCUCUCCGUCAGCGUACUCUUACUUCCAG